AUGCGAGACACGGUGUCCUCGGUGGUCGCACACGCUACUUUCGAUAACGAUCCCUACGCCAAACCUCCACUGCCUUCGUCCGGACGAUACAUUGAACUCGACGACUUUUCGCGCCCUGGAUCGCCCGUUCUCAAUGGAAGUCUGCGGGCGGCGGCGGGACAGCGCAGGUCGAGGGUGUAUUUCCCUAAUACGCUGUGGACGCGCACGUUCUUCACAACGGUGAUCAUCGAGACGAUCGCUACGGUUGCGAUUGAGACAUGGGUCUUCAUUAGUAUAUCAAAUCACCUCGCCAACCUCGGUCAAGACGACGGCUCGUUACGGCUUCGCUCCUUCCUCGGAUUGUACAUCUUCGCCCUCCUUUACGAACUCGGUCUCUCCUACGAUGCUCUGCGGCGCAAAAAUACCUUCCAGCUUGUCGGGUUAUGUGUGUGUAAUCUGGGACUGUUGACGUAUGGGAUUAUACAGAUCUGGGAAGUGAGAAAGACGAUCAAGAGCCUUGCGUCCAGUAGUACGAUCAGUCAGGAUCUUUUCGACCAUUAUCAUAUUGAGCUGAUGCUUGUCCCCAUUAUAUUGGGCGUUGCGGCGAGUAUUAUGAUGGGUGUUACGUGGAAAUUGCGGGCGGAGUUCUCGUGGUCGAUUUAUAAGAACAUCAGUGCCGAUCUGCAGAUGAAUCGGCGGUAUUAUGUCUAUCAGGUAUACAUCGCCCUGCUGAAAUUCGAUUUCUUUUUCAUCUUCGGAAGUCAACUUCAACUCCUCCUCGCCAUGGGUCAUAUCGACAGUGAUUUCAUCAUUAACGCUGCCAUGGUACCCAUUUCAAUCUUGGCACUCUUUCUGGCUGCGCGAUUUUGUCGAAACGAAAAGACGAAAUCCAUGUCUAUUCCUAUAAUCCUUAUGUGCUCUCUCAUUGCCAGUGAGGGAAAUACGCUGUACAGGUUGUACAGCAACAGCACCGACGGCCUGGGCUCUUACAAAGUAUCACUUGGCCUGUUUUCGUCAAUAGCCAUCUUGUUGAUGGCCUGCUCCAUCAUCAACUCGAUUAUGUGUAUCCUCAACUUCAAUAAGGGGUUGAAGGAUCAUAUUGAUCAACUUCGAGGGACCAAGCCAGUUGCGGAUGUUGAGGGCGAUGUGGCUCAGGGUCCGAAGUCACGCUUUGUAUUACAUUGA